AUGGCAUCUGCACACAUUGUCUUCUAUCUGAUAUGUUUGUUCUUCGGUGUAAUUGCUCAGAAGAACAACAUGCAUUUAUCCUCCUCUGUUCAUGAAGAAGCACGUUUUAUAUCAGCUAAAUCUGGAGACAGCGUGACUUUACAUUGUUACUAUGAAGAGAAUAUUGUUGCACGUUUUUACUGGUAUAAGCAAACUUUAGGAGAAAAACCAAAACUCAUUUCUUCCUUCUAUAAGACAGAAUCAAAUUUUGUGCAAUUUCAUGAUCCAUUCAACAAUACUACACGCUUCAGACUAGAUAAUGAAAAAGGAAAAAAACACUUGAUUAUCUCAGACUUAAGUGUUUCAGACUCAGCAACUUACUACUGUAUAUGUUCCUCCUGGUACACAUCAACAUUCUUAGAGACCAUUAUUGUCAGUGUCAAUGAUUCAGAUUUAAACAUACGAACUUUAGUUCAUCAGUCAGCAUCUGAGACCAUCCAGCCAGGAGGCUCUGUAAGUCUGCACUGUAUGGUGCACACUAUGCUGAGCUGUGAUGGAGAACACAGUGUUUACUGGUUCAAAGACUCUGAAGACUCUCAACCAGGACUCAUUUACACCCAUGGAGUCAGGAAUGAUCAGUGUGAGAGGAAAGACAACAAAAGAACACACACCUGUGUCUAUAACUUGAGAAUGGAGAGCCUGAAUUUGUCUCACGCUGGGAUCUACUACUGUGCUGUCGCCUCAUGUGGACACAUACUGUUUGGAAACGGGACCAAGCUGGACUUUGGGGUUCGGCGAGAUUCUCCUGCCCUGAUGUAUUUCUUAAGCGCAGCUUUAACACUCACCACCAUCAUCAGCGUGUUAUCAACUUUUUUAGUGUAUAAGAUGAAAAAGAGGAACAACUGCCAAUUUAAAGACUCAAACGCAAAUGAUUCUAACAGUGUGUCAAGUCCCGUUCAGUUACACCAUGAUGCAGACAACCUCCACUACACUGCUUUAAGCAUUAACCUGCCCAACAGAUCAACGAGACACAGGAACAACCAAGAUGAAUGUGUUUACUCCAGUGUCAAGCAGCAGGUACAAUGUGCCCAGGACCCACUACAGUUCACCUACAAGGUGGAUCUCGGAGUGGAGGAUGCCAUUCUGUACCUUCUACACAGAGCCCACUCACACCUGGACAAGGGAAAAGGAAAAACUAAACAGGAUGCAGGGGGACCCCUGCCUUGGAUCUCCAACUACCUCACUGACAGACCACAGUACGUCAGGCUGAAGGACAUCACGUCUGACACUGUGGUCAGCAGCACAGGAGCACCACAGGGAACUGUGCUGUCCCCUCUUCUCUUCACAAUGUACACCUCUGACUUCUGCUAUAACUAUGAAUCAUGCCAUAUUCAGAAGUUUGCAGAUGACACGGCCAUCAUGGUGUGUAUCUGGGAUGAUCAGGCAGAGGAGUACAGGAGUCUGGUGAGGAACUUUGUCACAUGGAGUCAUGUAACCGCUAAGGCUGGCGGAUCUAAAUCUUCACCGUUCACCUACAAGAAGAAGGGGAGUGAGUGGGUCAGCGCUCAGGGCACAGAGACUAAUGCAGGCGGUCAAGGCUGCGAGCAUCAGGCAUCAUUUGCUAGGCUAUUUAAGGAGCAGUGUGACAGCUCUUGUGUGUCAGAUUAUUGUCUCAUUCUCAAGUGGUAA